AUGUCAAAGUACAAGACAUCUGGGUAUAAAGGCCCAUGUGAUAAAGCCAAAACUGGGGAACGGCAAGGAAGAAGUUGCGUGCGUUACAAAUGUAGCAUGAUCAGCAGCACAGUACAAGUUGUCCUGCGCCAAAGACCAAACUGGGUUGAAGUCAAAGAUGAUGGAGAGUGGGACUUCAACUGGUGUGAUGUAGGCUGGCUCAAGGAGAAUUUUGAUCAGAUGUACAUGGAAGAGCAUGUUAGAAUAAACCACUUUCGCAAUUAUUAUGAGCUGUCACGCAAAGAUUUCAUGGUGAAAAACCUCAAAAGGUUCCAGAAAAAUCUCGAGAAGGAGUCCAGCCACAGCGAGGCAUCCGAAUGUGAUUUUUUCCCCUGCACUUUUGCAAUGCCCAGCGAGUACCACCUCUUUGUGGAGGAGUUCAACAGAAACUCUGGCAGCACUUGGAUCAUGAAGCCGGUUGCAAAGUCUCAAGGCAAAGGCAUUUUCCUGUUCAGGAAACUGAAGGACAUAACCGAUUGGAAGAAGAACAGUUCCCGCUCAGAGGAAGAGAAGGAUGCAGCACACGUUGAAAACUACGUAGCGCAGCGUUAUGUCGAGAGCCCCUACCUUAUUAACGGGAGGAAAUUUGAUCUGAGAGUUUAUGUCCUGGUCACGUCAUAUGUUCCCCUGAGAGCUUGGCUGUAUCGAGACGGCUUCGCCCGCUUUUCCGGCACUCGCUUUUCCCUCACCAGCAUUCACGACAAGUACAUGCACCUCACAAACGUCUCUGUUCAGAAAACAGCACCUGACUAUGACCCUGAAAAGGGAUGUAAAUGGCAGAUGCAGCAGCUUCGAAGAUACCUCACUGCCAAACACGGUCGAGAGGUAGUCGAAACCCUCUUUAAAGAAAUAGACAACAUCUUUGUCCGAAGCCUUCAGAGUGUUCAGAAGAUCAUUAUAAAUGACAAACACUGCUUCGAGCUCUAUGGCUACGACAUACUUCUGGACCAGAACCUCAAACCGUGGUUGAUUGAAGUGAACGCCUCACCGUCAUACACAGCCAGCAGUCAAGAGGAUGGCGAGAUGAAGUGCAGACUGCUGGAGGACACUUUGAAUGUUGUUGAUAUGGAGGGAAGGCUGACUGGCAAGGAGAAACGAGUGGGAGGCUAUGAUCUCAUGUGGAAUGAUGGACCCGUCUAUAGAGAGGAUGUCAAUCUGCAAACACUUUGCAGUUCAAGUUUCAUUGCCAACACACACUUGGGAUGCGUGAAUGACAGAGAGCAGCAGCUUCGCCAGCUUCAAAGACCUUUUCUAUUCCAGAGGAAGAAGUGA